AUGCCAAAAGAUGUGUCUUUGGAUUUUUUACCAUCUAGCUUUCCAAGUUGCGAAUGCUCUAGUGAUGGAAAGUUAGCCUUCUGUAACGGCGGACGCGUACAAAUUUUGACUCCUUCACAUGAAAUUAAUACUCCAAAAUACAUCAAAUCACUCGCUAUAUUGGAGAAUUAUGAUGAAAAUGAACGAAUGUAUUCGCCAAAAGACCUGCGCAUUGGUGAUUUAAUAUUAAAUCAUACAGCUCGGCAGGUUGCAUGGUCUCCUACAGGAAUUUCCGAAAACUAUGGAUGCUUGCUUGCGGUUUUAACAAACCGAUAUCAGGUGUAUAUCUAUUCCUCUACAAGUAAAAUUCUGCACAUGAAUUGGAAGUGUGUAUGCCAUAUAAACAGUUUUUUACCGCAAGGGAAUCUUAGUUCUUUACGCAUACAUGUACUUGCUUGGUCAUCUCUACUUUCUCUGCCCCGGCUCUCUCCAUGGGGUAUUUGUUUACUAGGUUUGGGAGCAGAAGAUGGAAAUGUCCAUGUAAUGUGUGUACACAGGAAUUCAGAGAUGGUUACAAAAUCCGUUAAUCUCAAAUGUGGAUGGCUAGUUCGACUCUCCUUUUCGUCAUGGUCUGUCCACAAUCAUACAGCCGUCUGUAACCUUGUCUGUGUAUCACAGAGUGGCAGCAUUUAUAUUAUUCGUGUUUCUUUAGACCUUUCAACCGGUGAUUACGAAAUGCAUCAUGAAGAUUUUCCUUUUACAAUUGAUUAUCGGUCUAUAGCACCAGCUAUAACCUGGUCUCCUGUAGUCAACGACAGUGAAUACCUUGCGCUUGCUUAUCCAAAUACCAUUUAUGUUUCGUGUUAUAGCAAAUUAACUGGGGAGUUUGUUUCCAUCGCGACCCACAAACUUACUUCAUUGGCUUCACCCGUCGGUGUUUUCUUUGCUCGUAAUGAUAAAAGCCAAAUUCUCAUGUAUAUCUUGACUUCUCUAGCUGAACUUCAAGUUAUAGUUUUGGAAAUGACUUCAAGCAAUAUGAUUAGCAAUAUUACAGAGCUUCCUGAAAAGCAACUUCUUGAAAAAUUUCUAGCGCAUCGCUUGCAAAGCUACGGCUCCACUUCGGAAUCGUCAAAAAGUUUACGGAUACAUGCAUUUUGUCCUUCACCUUUUUCAUCAACGGCUAUUAUACAUUUUAGUGUUUCAUACCCAAACAGCUUUAUUUAUAUUGCUUCAGCGAUGGAACGAAGUUUUUGUGCUUAUUCUCCUGCCAUCGCUGUAGAAACAACAUUUUCUCAUUUAGUUAGUUCUUUCCUUACAAAUUGCUGCUUUUUACCAGCGGAAGGCUGUUUCUAUGAAUUUUCUUUAUUGGAAGGUAACAACAAAGUUGACUUUGACAUAUUAAAAUUGCUGUCAGAAAGCUUAUCCCAACUCUUAAUUUCCGAUUUUGAUUACUGUUUAAGAUUCAAAGAUCCAACAUCCUUUUCUAAUUUAACCAGCAUUUUUUUUGAUCCUUCUUUGAAUGCAUUACGUCUUCUAUAUGGUUGGAGCGUCUACAGCCAGAAAAGUCUGAACCUUUCAAUAUUUUCUUCUUUGCGUAACCGAUUAGUCCUUUCUCUUAUGGUUUUCGCUUUAAGCAAGUUGUUGUCGAACGCUAACUAUUUAACCGUUACUUGUAAAACCAUUUUAAAAAACUGCGUUUCAUUGACAUAUAAAGAAUUAUCUGAAGUCCCAACUGCACUUGAAGUUGCCGAUCGAAUUGCCAAGUUCAUUGAUAUUCCUUCUGCCUUUGAAGAAGUAUGUCCUGCUUGUAAAAGUCAUAUUGAAUUUACGAAUGAAGCAAUAGCAACUUGCAAUAAAGGUCAUGUUUGGCAACGUUGUUCAAUAACUAUGCUAAUACUACAUCAACGGACAGCUAGAUACUGCUCAAUCUGUAAAUCUGUUACUGUUGACUGGGGGUCGUUGAAUAUCCAGAGCGCAUGUUUUACAAAAGAAGUUCAGGAAGAAUUGGGUAUCUGUUAUUUUUGCGGUGGUCAUUACUUAUCAUGA